GCUCGAAGUAGUAAGUGUCUCAAAGACUCCCGGGCACACUAAACAUUUUCAAACAACUUUUCUGACAGAUACUGUCAGAAUUUGCGAUUAUCCAGGUUUAGUGUUUCCUUCGAUGGUGCCACGGUACAUUCAGGUGCUUAUGGGGUCAUAUCCGAUUUCUCAAUUGCGUGAAACAUUUAGCACUUUGAGAUUUGUUGCAGAAAGGUUAGAUUUACCAAAAUUAUUGCAUUUAAAACAUCCCGAUGGAGACAAGGAAUGGUCAUCUUAUAACAUUUGUGAAGCAUGGGCUAUUAAACGAGGUUUCCUGACUGCACGUGCUGCAAGACCUGGUAUCAAUUUGUUGCAAAUGUGUUUGAGCGGUAUGAUUUGUUUGAAGCUAAAGCCACCACAUUAUGAAGAAAUAAAAGGGCAAUGGGAAGUCCACAAAGAUUUGCCUGAAAUACAUAAAAUGCAAGGAAGAACGAAUCAGCAAGAAGACGAUGAUGAAAUUGAUUUUGAAGACAUCUCUUGGCAAGACGAAACCAAAAACACACUCAAAGAUCAAAGUGCUGAUGAAGACUACUCAGAAUUGAAACUUCCUGCAAUUCAAAACAAAUUUGCAGCUUUAAUGGACUGA